AUGAAACUGACCCCGAUAAAAGUUAAGGGCAAAGGGGGUCAGCUAAAGAAAUGGAAGCCGCCGCCGCCGCCGCAAGCCCGGGCAUCGAAGCGACGGCGAGAUGAUGACGAUGAAGGCAACGGCAGCAACGACGGCUCACGUCGCAGGCGGUUCAAGUCAAAGAAGCCGGCCGCACCCUUAGAGGAACUGCCGACUGAGAUCCUCGAGCGCAUUAUCUUGGUGUCCCGGAACCUCAACAUCUUGCGCAGUAGUCUCAGGAUCGGUUAUCGCUUUUCAUCCCGGGCAUUUCUGACCGAACUGCUGGAGGCUGCGUUUGCGCCCACUUGGGACGUAUGGUUCGGGUACGACAAGGACACCGUUUGUCACUCAGACGAGCGCCUUUUGCAGGAAUUGGGCAACAGCCGCGUGCUGGAUCCGGACUGGGUUCCAGGCGACCCUGAUUUUCAGAGCGCCGUCUUUGCUUGCAAAUGGGUCAAUACCGCCCUAAUACUUGAGGCCCAGCAGAAGUGGUAUCGGAGGCACGGCGGCCCCGGCAACCUCCAUGAGCACCUAAACCCCCUGGGCCGGUCACGCGCCGAGUAUGCCCUUGCAUUGCGGGCAUCGAGGGGUGGGCUAGAUGAUAUGGCAGUCCAUUUCGAAAAGGACUGGGAACGGUUCAAGGGCUCUUGCGCCGAACUGUUCGCGAUGGACAAACCUAAGUCAGCCGACGUCAACACCGUUUGGGAGCAGCCAGUGUACAUGGAACUACAUCCCUUAACCAGGGUUCCCGAACGGCUUCUGACCACCCCCUUUAACUGGGAGACAGCGAAGGCGACAUAUUGGCUGGUUCGUGGCGGCGGUCAAUUACUCGCCGGGCAGAUGUCUUCGUGGGAGCUGACAAAGAGAGGCUAUGAUCGCAUCAUGAGUCUCGCCGAUCAGCAGCUUAUACUGGUCCUACUCGUGCUCUGGGUCAAACUACGCGUUUUCGACUACUGGCCAGAAUUCCUUUUGGAGCAGGAGCUGGACACCAGCCAACAGAUGCAACAAUCGGGAACCUCGGCUGACCGAAAGCUCUGGUGGUGGACCUUUGAGUUGAUAAGGUGCCGGGGUGGUCUUCGGGAAGCGCAACCAAAAUAG